UAUUUGGCGUUGAAAAAAAAUAACUAUUUGCGAGAGAUACGCCGCCUUUUUUUACGAGCGCAAUGCAAAGGCGUCGAUGAUUAUCGGUCUGCUUUUAAUUCAUAAAUUCAGGAGGUACAGCCGUUUCGUAGAGGACAGAUAUCUACAUAUCGGACGCACAUACAUUCCGCGCAAACAGAUAGAUAUCGAGGUGGAAGCGCAUCGAUUGAAUGUACGACGAGCAUGGGAGAGCUAAAGGUCAAUGACUUUUUAUCGCAUAUCGUUUCGCCGGUGCAAAAAAACAGGCUCCUAUCUAAUUGUGAGUUAAGGUUGAACGCGAUUUUUUUAAGCUCCCCGCGGGAGGGAAGCGCACGAAUGAAACGGGCCAUCGAAUUGUCUCGCGGCGAUAUCGCGCUGAUAUCGUUGCGGCCCUGCUUCUUCUUUGUUCCGAGAGACGACAAGAUGGCCUUAUACAUCUGAUCUAAAUACCGUGGCGUAUCGAGCAUUUUCUUGGCUCCGACGAGUGUAAAUUCUCUUAGACUAAAUUAACAGCGAAUCGAGAACGCUUGUCAAUUGGAGUUCAAUCGGUCGUCGAAUAAUUCAUUGCGUCACGAGUCACUUCGGAAAUUCAGAAAAGAUCACGUCUCGCGCGCCCCUACAAUAAUAUCUUCUUUAAAUUCCGCCAAGAAAUAAUACUGCCAAGGAGAGAAAAUUAGCUCUCUCUGAAUCUGGACGCGAGUUUCAAACACCGGAAACUGCAAUCUUGCAUGUUACGAUAGACGCGCUCGUGGCGAAGAUCGGCCGAUCGUCCAGACACGCGUCAUCGACGAAAGGUUAUCAGUAACUGGGUGAUAAAACGCCCGGCCGAAGAUGCUUCGCGAAGAAACCGACAACGAGAGGGUCGAUUAUAGAGCCGCCAAAGCCGACGGCCGCGUGACAAAUAAUCAUCGCAAGGGAUUAAAUUAUCGCCAUCUCGUUCGAAAAUAUUCGGAUAACGAAAAUAGAAUGCAGAAACGAAAGGAAUUCUCUAGCGAGGCUACGGAGGACGAGGCGGAAGACGAAGAGCAGGAGGUCGAUGAAAAUCGGAGCGAGGAGGAAGAUGCAAAGGUUCAGAAAGUAGGUGCGAACCAAGAAAAAGAAGAAGCGAACGAAAACGAACAGGAAGCUGCGCAGAUUGGACACUGCGCGAUUUGUCAAGUUAUCAUUAACGACGCGAAUCUCGGCGGAAGCAUCGCCGACUCCGAGCAGGAUUCCGAUGGUUAUCUGUUGUGUCAACGUUGCAUACGGAACUUUUCAAUCCGAUCAGCUCCGGAGUCUCGAAGAUCGCACGCGAGUUUCUUUCAAAGCAGAGACAACGAUCGCGGCGAUCGCGUGCGUUCGAGAACGUACGACCCGCGUCGCGAUCAGUGGGCCUGCAGCUUCAACAGAACCGCGCCCGUCGAGGCGAAGACGUUGGAUUACGAGUCGGACGCCGUCUCGUACGUCGCCGAUCGCGAUCGCGGCGAUCCGCGACGGGAGGAGCAGACGGAGAGCCGCGGUAGGCAGAGUCAACAGCAACGCGAUUAUUGCAAUUUGACGACAGCGACGACGAGGAGAAACGGCGCGGUGGAUCGAUACACCUCCGAGAUUAAGGUCAAAAGUCCCUCACUGGCGUCCUUCGCCGACUGCUCCCGCAGACCCAUACGUUGCCCACGCCUGGAUUGCUCGGUGAACGUCGCCUUCUCGGCGCUCACCCAUCACUUCCUCUUCGACCAUCCCGAGGUGCCCGUCCUCAGCGUCGAGCCCGGCGUCGAGAGCACGCUCAUCGUCAGCUAUGGAGCCCUCUCCUGUAACUCCAGUCGAUGUCUAGCUCUCUUACUGGUGUCCGGAAAGCUCUCAGAUUCCUCAGCGAGGCUGUUCGGUAGCAUUCAAAUAAAUCCCAAGUAUCGGAAUCGGUUGCCUCUACCGGUAUUGGCAGCGCGUUUGCACAGCAGCCGCAAUUACGCGUGUUGCGAGGAGGUGCACGCCGGCGGAGAGGGCCAGUGCGAGAAAGACAUGAUCAUCGCCUGGGUGGCGGGAUUAGACGUCGGCGACACGGCUGACAGACUUCGGUGUAGCAUCCAGGCCGUCGACAGCAUCGAAAACGGGGGAUUCCGUUCGCUGACGUACACGGGCCCUGUGACGUCCCUGAGAGCCGCCCAAUGUCCACGUGACGUCUUCUUGACCGGCGACUGUAUAGUUCUCCACGAGGGGCUGAUCAGCCACAUCACCUCCGGCUGCACCAACCUCAAUGUAAAUGUUAUUGUACACUAAACGUUGUUCCGUUAAUACACAUCCUCGUUUCUGAACUGUCUUAAAAAUGUAAGCUUAUCCAAUAAAUGUGAGCUCUUAUCCAAUGUAAAA